GGCUGUGAGUGGGCGGUGAGCGUGUCGUCAAGGUGCCGGCUGUGGAGGGGUUUUUAGUACGAGCCAAGCGAGCAGCUAAGGCGGAGUACGAGAGGUAGGAUGCGGACGGCCAACGGGCUCUGGGCUGCGCUGGCCUUGAUCUUGUUCCCCGGAGACAGUCACGGUCUGCGGGAGGGAGACUGCGAAGUGUGUGUUUCAUUCCUGGGAAGAUUCUACCAGAGCCUACAGGACAAGAAUGUAGAGUUCACACCAAACAGUAUUGAAAAAGAACUUUUAAAAUCAUGUAAAGAAGCAAAAGGCAAAGAGAACCGUAUGUGCUAUUACAUUGGAGCAACCAGUGAUGCAGCCACUAAAAUAAUUAAUGAGGUGUCCAAACCGUUAAGUAAUCACAUCCCUGUCGAGAAGGUUUGUGAGAAACUGAAGAAGAAGGAUGGUCAGAUCUGUGAACUGAAAUAUGAUAAACAGAUUGACUUGAGCACUGUGGACUUGAAGAAAUUGAGAGUCAAAGAACUGAAGAAGAUUCUUGAUGACUGGGGUGAAACAUGCAAAGGCUGUGCAGAGAAGUCGGAUUACAUUAGAAAAAUUAAUGAACUGAUGCCUAAAUAUGCACCAAAAGCAGCCAGUUCGCGGACUGAUCUCUGACCACUAUAGUCACCUCUAGCUUAUUAGCAAAUCACACGCAAACUAUGUUAAUCUUUCUAUUUUCUUUUCUGGAAAAUUGUUUUUGUAACUUAUUUAACUGGGUUUCAAGUGUCAAAGUGGAGCAGUUCUUGCAAUGCUGGUUCAACUGCCUUGUCAUGUCUCAAGUUUUGAUUUAUUUUUUCUCUGAUUUAUGUUAAGACAUUGACGUAUGUAUGGGAUUUUUAAAAUAAAAGUUCAGAAAGCCA